UUUUCAUUCUGUGCUACAACACAGCUACAUGUGAGGAGCGAUGGAGGCAUAAAAUGUACACGUAAUUUAUUUGGAACUGAAUUAAAGAAAUGUGAAUGUAGUUUAAGAUUGGUAGAUUUAAAUUUAAUUGUAAAACGGUAGAUUUGCAAUGAGGAGAACUGUAGUAGCUGAAGAGAAAAUUUUACCGGAGAUUGUGAAAUUGGGCAAAACAGAUGGUUAUAUUCCAGGAUUAAUCAUUGGACAGUGCUCAGAAUCAAGAGAUUUCAUCGUCCAUUUUGCCAAAACACCUUUACCAAUAGGAAAGACGAAUGAUGGAGAAAAUGAUGAAAGUGGUGAUGGUAAAAAAAACCAAAAGAAAAGUCUUGAAAACCUCAGUGAUAUUAAAGAGUCUUGGAUAGUUGACCAUGCAAAACAGGUGACAAGAAUGCUGCCUGGUGGACUGUGGGUGCUAGGGCUGUUUGUCACCGGCACGGGAGAUGUCCUCAGUAACUCUGCUUCCCAGUCCAAGGUAACCUCUCUGCUGCAAGGACUAACCAAAGCUCUUGAGAAGAAUCCCAAUCUUCUUGGGAAUAGUCCUUCCACGGAGAAACUUGCCCUCCAUCUUGUCAGUGGAACUAAUAAGGUAACAUGCAUGAGCUACGAUGUUACUAAGACCACAUCUCCACUGAGAGCAACGGAUUUCAAGUUCACUAACCUCAAAUGGCUCCAGCUGGACUCUCAGUACGACUGUGAUUUGCUUCCUCCUCUCCUUAUCACUGAUCAGUUGACCAACAAUCCUCUUAGGAAACAUUUGCAGAAUAUUUUGGAAAUGGUUAUUCGUGGGGUGCAAAAGUCACUCUGUGUGAUCGAUGGAGAAGUGAGACAGGACGAUGAAGCACUAGACAAGACAGACAGCAGUAAAUGUAGCAAAGCUGAUAAGAAAGCACAAGAAAGUAAAAUAUACCAAGUGAACUUGUACAUUCCGAAUGAGUUGGGUGACAUAGAUGAAACAGUCAGUUCGGUGCUGGGAGAGAUGAAAUGUACAGGAGUAUUAGCAAGUAGGGUGUUUGUACACCAAAAGGCUACUGUUGCUGAGGCAUCUCAGGCUGUUAAAGAAGAUAUUAUUCGAUCCUUUGCUGCCCGCUUGGAGAUGCACUGGGAUUCUUUAGUGGAGGAAGAAAUUGGAUCUCCAGAAGAGACAAUUGUGGUACAUGAACCUCCCCGAAGGGUGCUCAUCCCCCUCCCCUACUCAAAGGUGGCUCUCUCCGACUACUUGUUCCCUGGAGAAGGACCUUCAGAAGCUCUUGUCUCUAUUUUGGACCUCAUUGGAGUCAAAGUCUCAGAAUCAGCUGUCUACAAAGAUUUUGAAGGCCAGCCAGAUCAAUGUGACCUCUACAACCUAACAACAAAUGUUGAUCCACCGAAGAAUGAAGAUAUUUCAGUUUCCCCUCCCAGUCAUUCCCUGUUCCUGCUCUCAGGCAUUGCUAUUGCAUUUGUUAUACUCUUGGUCUCUCUUUUCAUCCAGUUCUACAUUAAAUAAGAGUAAGCUUAUUAUAUACAUUUGUGUUUUUAACUUAUACAUGUUAUUUUGUUUAAUUUUGUCUUGUUAAUUCUUGUGGGAUUUUAUGUAUAACAGAUAUUUUGAAAUAAUAUAUUUUUUAUUCAAAAAGUGA